AUGGCAGUUUCCGACAUCUUGACGGCGUGGGAGGAAUGCUCCAAGAUAGACACGCUCUUCAUUUUGAUCUGCUGCGUCUUCUGCUGGCUAAUUAUCCCCGCAGUUGGCCUCGGUUAUUCGGGAUACUCCAUUCACCGUAAUGGACUUGCAUCCUUUUACCCAAGUCUGCUCGUCAUUGCUAUUUGUUCUAUUCAAUGGUGGAUCAUUGGGUACUCGAUAGCCUAUGGAACCGGGGGUGGCAUUAUUGGAGGCUUUGACAAAGCUUUCCACUUGGGUGUUCUUGCAAACCCAAUAGGGACGAUACCAGAAAUUCUUUUCUCUGAGUUUCAGCUCAUCUUUUGUGCUACGGUGUGCGUCAUUUCUAUUGGUGGAGCCUCUCUGGUGCACCUCACCUUUGUCUAUGAACCUCUCGCACACAUGGUCUGGUCCGAGACCGGAUUUCUGGGUUCUCUGGGUGUCCUUGACUUCGCCGGUGGAACACCCGUUCAUAUCUGCAGUGGAGCAUCAGCGACUGCUUUAAGUGUUUACCUAUCCCAUCCAUUGUUUCGAUCGAGACGAUCCGCUUCUCGAACGCCACAGCACUUGAAACUCCACAGGCCGCAUAAUAGCAUGUGCCAGCUUCUAGCCUUGAUGAUUAUAUGGAAUGCCUGGCUUGCCUUUGACGCGGGCACAACCCUCGCUCUGAAUUUCAAGAGUAUAAUGACUGCAGUGGUUACCAACAUCUGCGCCUCAUCAGGCGCCUUGACCUGGGCUUUCAUCACGUAUUACGAAACGGGGAAAUGGAGUCUUGACAGUACUUUCAUGGGCGCUAUCGCUGGCUUGGUCAUGAUCACUCCAAGUGCUGGCUUCAUUGACAUGGUUACGGCUUUUUUCUUUGGAAUCGCUGGAGCGGUGAUUUGUCGACAGGCACUAAGAAUUAAUUUCACGAAACUGGCUGUGCGCUGGAGAUGGGUCGAUAAUGGGGAUACAUUUGCGACGCAUUGCAUUGGUGGACUGGUCGGUACUAUCGCUACCGGCUUGUUUGCUCGGAGAAAUGUUGCUGCGUAUGAUGGAGCCACGGAGAUACUUGGUGGAUGCAUAUUCGAUGGUAAUUGGAGUCAACUCUGGAUCCAGAUCCUGGAGGCUGUUGUUGGCUUUGUCUGGAGCUUUGUUGGCAGUUAUGCACUCUUUGCGUUGAUUGAUUGCAUUCCGGGCUUCGAGGUCUUGGCUACAGAUAGUGAGAUUGUUCUCGGGAUGGAUGCCUCGCAAAUGGGUGAAUCGCUAUAUGAGGCACAAUGGGCUGAUGAGGAAGACUAUUACCCUUUCUCGAGCGAGUGUCGGCUAGAGUAAUCAUC